AUGCCGCUCCCAGCAUUCACGUCUCACGCCGGCGCUGAGACCUUGCAGCCGGUGUGGGAGCGGCUCCUUCUCAUGUCAGGCAAGCCGCUGCUGCGAUGCGUGCAGGAGGCGUGGGAGAAGGAGCACGUGAGGACGUUCCGUGCGGAGCAGAAGAUGAAGGCGGCGCUGGAGCAGGAUAGGCAGAGAAGCGCGCAGACCAAGAAGAAGCUGCUCGCCGCCAAUGGCAAUGGCAGUGCCAACUCCAGGCAGAACAGGAAGGGACCUCUUGCUCUAAAGGGCACCAAUGGUGGGGGCGGUGAUCGGAGCGACGACGCGUGCGGCAUCUGCGCGGACGGCGGACAGCUGUUGUGCUGCGACAGCUGCCCGUCCACGUUCCACCCAGAGUGCCUCAGCGUGCAGGUCCCCAAGGGAUCCUGGGUCUGCCACUACUGCCGGUGCUUUGUGUGCCUUGCCACCGACGGCGACCUGGCCACGUGCCAGCAGUGCGCUCGCAAACAUCACCAACACUGCCGCCCAUCGCUGUUCGCUGGCCACGAGAUCGGCCCCUACUGUAGCGAAACCUGCAAGAAGAUGGCCGCGAAGCUGUCAGAGAUUGUUGGAGCCAGCAACACCGCUGUUGGAGAUGGCUUCUCCUGGUCCCUGUUGAAGAUUCAGAAGGACUCCUCCGCGAUGGACUCCAUCGCCGUGCUGGAGUGCAACGCGAAGCUUGUGGUAGCGUUGGGCGUGCUGGACGAGUGCUUCAACCCCGUGAAGGACCGGCGGACUGGCAUCGACAUGCUGCGCCAAGCUGUGUUCAGCCUAGGAUCGGAGUUCAAGCGGCUGAGCUACGAUGGGUUCUACACCAUGGUCCUGGAGAAGGACGCGGAGAUCAUCUCGGUGGCAUUGCUCAGGUUUCAUGGUAGCAAAUUGGCGGAGAUGCCGUUCGCGGGCACGCUGCCGCACUACCAGAGGCAAGGAAUGAUGCGUCGCCUUGUCAACGCCAUCGAGCAGGUGCUGUCGACGUUGCAGGUGGAGAACCUGCUGAUCCCAGCGGUGGCCGAGGUGGUCGACACAUGGAAGCGGUCAUUCGGCUUCGCGCCCGUGGAACCGCGGCUCAGGGAGGAAGCCAACAGGCUCAGCACGGUUGUCGUCACCGGCACCACCCUGCUCCAGAAACCGGCGGCGCCGCCGAUGAGCGAGGACGAGCUGGCGUUCCUGGAGAUGAGCUGGCCGGUCUGCAGCUUCACUGACCUCGUCGCCGGGAUUGCCUACUCCCCGCGGCCGCUCGGUGUGGAUCCCCUCAGCACCGCGGUGAGGGGUCUCGUGGGCGGCGGUGCUAUCCCGGGGAGGAGCUCUGCUGGUGGUGGCGCCAGCGGCCGGCAGUCCUGCGGCGGCGAGGCUGUGGGUGGCUCGGGCGGUGGCUGCAGCAGCAAGGUGUUCCAGAUGUCGAGCUACUCCGCGGCCGCGCGCAGCAGCAGUCUACGGCUCGGCGUCAACAAGUGA